AUGAAUUCCUCUCUUUCAUCUUUAUGCUGCCGUAGGUCGGCACUGCGGCAGCCGGUGGCUCAAUAUCGCCGUUAUGCCUCUUCCUCGACUGCCUCGAAAGCCGCACCUCCGUCUCCGAAAAAUCGCUGGGUAGGCAUUGCCAUUGUGACGAUUGCUGCUGGUAGCACUGGCGCAUAUCUACGAUCGCAAAGCCCAUCGUCCGAUACCCUUAAUCCAGACACUUUCACCAAAUAUAGCCUCGUGUCAAGAGAGCCGGUCUCGUCGACAAGCAGCCUUUUCACCCUCCGCCCCCGAUACCAUAGCGAUCGCAACUACGAUGUCUACGAGGAUGCCUGGAGGACAGGGGUGUGGAGUGUGAUGUUCAAGCAGCCUCAACUACAGAUCGGACGAGACUAUACACCCCUCCCAGCGACAGCAGCAACACCGUUGACCGUGGACGAGGAGAAUGAAGGCUAUCUGCGUUUCUUUAUUCGCAAAGAUCCGUUUGGAGAGGUUUCGCGAUACCUGCAUACCCUUAGCAUAGGCGCUGAUAUCGAGAUGCGAGGACCGCAGAUCGAGUGCGCCAUCCCGAAGGAAACUCAAGAAGUUUUGUUCAUUGCUGGCGGGACAGGGAUUGCCCCGGCGUUGCAGGCUGGAUAUUCUCUGCUGAACCGCACAACCGAAGAGAACAGACCGCGGAUACACAUAUUCUGGGCCAACCGGUUGAAAGAAGAUUGUAUCGGGGGUCACAGCGAUACACCUGUACUUGUAACGGCCCGUCGGUCCUGGUUCUCAGGAUGGUUUGGUUCGUCUAAAACCACAACCUCGAACGACCAGACAGUGUUUCACUCCUUGGAAGAGAAGAAUACGUCUAUGAUUGUGCGAGAGCUGGAUGGUCUCAAGUCUCAAUAUCCAGGUCAGGUCACCGUCGACUAUUAUAUCGACGAGGAAAACCGAUUUAUUAGCAAAAAGGAGAUUUCUGACUAUAUUGAAUCUACACCACGGCCUUUGGACAAUGUUCCUGGAAGGAAAUUAAUAUUGGUUUCCGGACCCGAAGGCUUUAUCAGCUAUAUGGUUGGACCAAAGAUUUGGGCGGAUGGCAAGGAGCUACAAGGUCCCCUUCGAGGAAUCAUCAAAGAGCUCGAUCUCAAAGGAUGGGCUGUGUGGAAACUCUGA